UCGCACAAGGAGUUCUUCGACCCCACGCAGGGAUGGUGGACUCGGUUCCUGCCAUGGGAUCCACCUCGGUUCCGGGCGGAUGAAGACGAACCAACGCCAUCGUUACCGGCAAAGUUGAAGACGAGACAAGGCUCAUUCGUCGAAGCCCUCGUUCAAGGCGUCUGGACAUUGAUCGGGGGAGACAAGGCCAAAGAUGUUGGUGACGACAGCGCGCCCCUCCACUUUAUCACUACCGCCCUCCGCAGCGGCCACUGCACCGCCCUCUUCUCCGCCCCUGAGACGAUCACCUCGCUCAUCCGCGAUGUC